UUUCAAGGCCUAAAAUAAUUACCUUAAAAGAUUAAACGUUUAUCCUUUCUCUGUUUGAAGCCCUAACACUCACUGAAAGUCUGAAACGCAGCUCUUGGUAGAUCUUUGCUCGAAUCAAAGCUCAAAAUUGAAACUCAAGUAGUCAAAUUUGAUUUAUGCUCUUCGAUCUUCUCAGCUUAUCUUUUAGUAGUCAAAUUGCAUGCUAUUAUCAAUUAUAUACAAGGUAAAUAAUACUACUUCACUACUUCUCGAUUUUUUUUUUCAAUAGAAAUUCAUGAGAUUGAUGAGAUUUAGUGAAGUAAUUUGCUGUACUUUAGUUUAAUACUUUUACUUUACUUAUUCAAUUUUUGUAUAUUCGAUUAAUUUUGAGGCAAAUUUGGUGGGUAUGUUGAUAAGCCCAAUUACAUGUUGCUGAAGUUGCAUUUUUUCAUACUCCAUAUUAAUUUCGUGUCUUUUUUUUUUUGAUUAAUAUUCUUAAUUUAGUGACAUAUUAUUGUUACUUUGUUAGUUUGCUUUUCUUAAAAAGUUAUUUGCUUGUUGAUUGUUGUGAUUAAUGUUAAUUAACAGAGAAUUAAUAAGUUAUGUUCUGGCAUUCUUCCUUCUUAGUUGUGAUUUUUUUUUUAUACUUAUACUCUGCUUGUUUAUGUAAUUACAAUGAGUUUUUAAAGUCAUAAGAAUUAAUGUCCAUUUGAUAUAAAAUUAUAUGGCAUAAAAAUGUUGAUUAUUCUGGAUUUACUUUUGAUACUAUAGUAGCUUAAUUUCAAGUUAACCCAAUUUAAACUAUGUCAAGUUCUACAAAAAAAAAAAGGAAAAAUGCUCCUGGAAAUAGAUUAGACCCGGGUUGGGAACAUGGAACUGAGGUGGAUAAAGCUGCUAAGAAAGUGCGGUGUAAUUAUUGUGGUAUUGUGCGAUCUGGUGGUAUCUUCAGGAUAAAACAUCACAUAGCUGGCACUCACUCUAAUGUUGAACUUUGUGCUGCACAUUGCAUUGAUUUGAUGCUAGAGGAUUUUGAUAAGAAAAUCAGAGUACAUAAUGUAACAAUUUCAAAAGGUAGGAGGAUAACCACUUUCAUAUAUUCUUGAACAAUGGUGCACACUUAGCUAAAGGAGUUCACAAAAGAAAGAGAGUUAAUAAGGCCUGGUAUUACUCGAUUUGCAACAUCUUACUUGACUUUACGAUGUCUAAAUGAGCAAAAAGGACCAUUUAUAGCAAUGUUCACGUCUUCUAAGUGGAGAACAAGUAGGUUUGCUAAAUCUGUGGAAGGAAAGAAGGUUCAACGUAUAGUUUUGGAUACUCGUGGGUUUUGGCAUGGAGUAAUAACAUGCUUGAAAGCUGCCCUUCCCUUGUUAAGGUGCUUAGAAUGGUGGACUCAGAUGAACCAGCCAUGGGAUUCAUAUAUGAAGCAAUGGAGCAAGCCAAAAUUCAAAUCAAGGAAAAUUUCAACAAUGUGGAGAGAAAUUAUACACAUGUGUUGGAUAUUGUCGUUGAGCGAUGGGAGGCACAACUCCAUAGGCCAUUGCAUGCUGCUGGUUACCAUCUGAACCCACAAAUUCAUUUCAAACAAACUUCAAACCCAAUGCAGACAUCAAAAUUGGCUUGUAAGCUUGUUUACAAAGAAUGGUCCAUGACCCCGAUGAACGAGUAAUGAUUGAUUUGCAACUUGAUUCCUUUCAUAAUUCACGAUGUUUAUUUGGAUUGCCUACUACUGUGAUGACCAGAGAUAAAAAGUCACCAAGUUCAUUCAUCAACUUUUUUUUUUCCUUUUUUAGUUCUUAAUGUUAAUGAUUUACUACUGAGUUUUAUAUUUUGCAUCCUGGUUGUUAUAUAUACUUGUACAGCUGAUUGGUGGGAUUCAUAUGGAGAUGAAUGCCCAGAACUUAAAAAAUUUGCUACUCAGAAAGCAUAACUUGUAGCUCCUCUGGUUGUGAGCGGAAUUGGAGUGCGUUUGAGAUGGUGCAUACAAAGAAGCGGAAUCGUUUACACCAAACAAAAAUGAAUGAUUUGGUAUUUGUUAUGUACAAUCUCAAACUAAAGCAAAAACAACAUAAAAGAGCUGCCAAGUAUCAAGCCCCAAUUACAUUAGAUGACAUGUCUUCGGAUGAUGAAUGGAUUACAGAAAUUGAGGAGCCUGUUCUCCCUGAAAAUGGAGCAUGGUUGAAUGUCCUUGAUAGAGUUGCUAGAAGAGCAGCUAGAGAAGCCUCAAAUAUAGUGGGUGAAAACAAUGAUGAUCCAUCUCAAAGUGAUGAUGACGACGACGACAUGGCUGGUUGUGUUGCUUCAAAUGAGGUUGAUGACUCUAGAAAUUUAGAAACAGACUUUUGUGACCUUGAUGGUGAUGGUGAUCUUAAUGGGUAUGUAACGGGAACGGGAACAAGAACAGGAACAUCCGGAACGGAGAGCUUCGAUGAUGCCAAUGAUAUGAAUUUUGGUUAUAACGAAGAGUAGUUGAUGAUAGUUUGUUGAUUAUUCAGUUUUUAGCUUUUAUGAUGUGAACUAUGUUUUUCUUAUACUAUUUGGACUAUGUACGCUUUAAAAUAUUUGUAAAAUCAUGUUAAUUAUGUAACAACGAUCAUAUAUGAGCAAAAGUGUGUUUUUAAA